AUGGCUGGCCCCGGCAAAAUCCCCCAUCCCAUCCACAUCCACCCGGUACGCCCGCUCUACAGAUUCGCCGCCACCGGCUUAGGCGCAAGCAUGUGGUUCUUCUUGAUGUACCGAGCGAAGCAAGAUCUCCCCCACAUGCUCGGCUGGAAACACCCUUGGGAUCAUUGA